CGGUGACAAAUUGAGCAUUGUCUAAAAGCGGCGGCCAGGAACACAAACGUAAAUAUUAUUGAAAAUAAAAAUGUCCGACGCUUAAACACUUGGGAAAGAGAUGACGGAAGACGGUGAACAAACUCCCCCGACGCCUGGUAGUUCUACUUCCGGCAAUGACGUCGAUGUGGAAAAAGCGGAGAAUAUAAAAAGUUUGCAAGCCGGCGAAGAUAAUGAACCUUUGGAAAAAGCGAAAGAAAAGCCCCCACCUGGAAUAAAUGCUUCCCUUGUUAUGCUGUACGCAGUAUUCUUCGCCAUGUUCAUCACUGGUUGGGUGAACUUAAACAGCUGUCCUCUAAAUAGACUGAUUCCUAUUUACUUGAUAGUGGCAGGUUUUGUCGGUGCCUUAGCGAAAUUCCUUAGCAAAACUGACAAUAAACAUGUGUUCAAUAUCGCCAUGGUUUUGGUGAUUUUUGAUAUUUUUUGGCAUGGCCUGGGUACAUAUGUGGUGUACACAGAAUAUCAACCUAACUACGACAUAAAUUCAAAAAAUUAUUGUAAUAGAACUGCGUAUUUACUUUGUUUUUGGAUAUUAACAUUUCAGUAUACAUUAUUAGGUAUAUUUAUAAUGUUAUCUGCAUGUUAUUUAUUAAUGAGAGGUGAUUUUAAGAAGUGUUAAAAACGUAAAUAUUCUUAUAUGUAUAUGUUACGGUUGAUGUGAUAAAUCCGUUCUGUAUUAAUAAUUACCGGUAAAUAUUAAUAGUAACCGUAGCAGCUGGUAAAUGUGAUUAAUAAUGCCUUUAUAAUCAGAUUUACCGGCUAUUAUUAAUACUUUCCUAACAAUUCUGGUUAAUGUAAUAAAAACGCAUUUUGGGCUUCACUAUUGCUUAUUUAUGAAAUUUGAUAAUAAAGUUAGCUAUGCCUGGUUGCAACAACUGAUCUUAAGCUUAAGCCGUGCCUUAAAGCUCAGCUUACGAAACAUACGCGUUGCACCAUUGACUCUCUUAGAUCAAUUUUAAGCUUGCCACAAUGGAUUGUCACGAGGAUUGCAUAGAUAACGAAAAUUAUGAUGCAACGUAAGUGAGACUUAAAGCGGCCAUAUCUGUAAACUGAGCUGGGCCAAGCUGGAGCUUAAGUUUUGUUGGUGCAACCAGGCAUUCAACACUUAAACAGAAUUUAUCAAUAACAAAACUCGACUAUUUAAAUUUACAAUCAAGAUGCAGUAGAAAUAAACAAACCAAGACACGUUAAAUGCUACUAGGAGCACUCCUGAAUCAUAAUUUACAAUGUAUAAACUUAUGAUUCGGAAGUGAUCCUAGUAGCAUUUAACAUGUCUUGGUUUGUUUAUUUCUACUGAAUCUUGAUUGUAAAUUUAGAUAGACACCUUAUAAGUAAAAAAAACUCAUACACACGCAUUAGGCUUUAAGUUACUAGACUAUAAUUACUUGUUUUUAUAGAAAAGGCUCUUGUGGCACUUAGAAUUACAAAGAACGCAUAAUUUUUUGCGUUUGCAGCGUAUUUAAUUGCAUUCGCCACUACAAUUGCAGUGGCGGAAUCCUUGACUGCCUAUAUUCGAAUCUUUGCGAACGCAUUCAAUGAGACUUAUGUGAGUAUCAGGCGCUUCAUUGACUGAAAUAAGUGUUAUAGCUUUUUAUCUAUAACAGAAAUAAUAAUGUCAAUAAUGUUUAGGCUAUCGGCCUUAGCUCUAUCAACUUCUGGAAUUUGCACUCUAACACUUUGACCUACUUUUUCAACAGGGAAUCUAUCAUUGGAAUGCUUCAACAUUCUGUCAGAUUCUUUUACAAAUAACUGUUUAGCAAGAUCCCGAGUCUCCUGAAUUUUCUUUUGAAGUUUUGUCGAUUGCAGUGCCAUCUUCUUCGUGUCUCUCAUAUGCUUUAACUCCAAUACUGGCAUUGUCUUCCUCAUUUACAGCAAUUAUCGCACACGCAUUAUGUUCCAUUGGGCUCUUAGUGUUACCUGUUUCUUCAGUAUUUGCUAACUGUGAAUCCUCGGUCUUCGGUUGUACUGUCGAGUUGCAUAUCACCACGAUGCUUUGCUCCAUCGUCAGCGUGAUUAUAAUGAUCUGCUAUUAUCGCUUCUAAAUCUUGUUCUGAUUUCGGAUAAAGUACCAGGAGGUAAGGAUGGUUUUAAUCUUGCUUUAUCGUUAUGUAUUUAAUACAUUAAAUAGUGUAUUACAGUGGCCGACUACAGCUUGACUAACACUGUGAUAUGCGUAUGCGCCGUAUUUAGCUUUGGUAUGUCGCAGUGACUAAUAAACCUCCCUACACUCCACAAGCUUCUACGCACUUAACGGUAUUAAAAUUUAACACAUUUACCGUUCUAAUCCGGGAAUUAUUAAUAAUUACCGGUCGAUGUGAUUAAUUCUGGCAUAUUUAUUACUUUUACCUAGCUAUUUGGUUUGUAUUAAUAAUAACCGGCAAUUAUUAAUAAUUUCCAAUUAAUUAUACUUACCGUAACAUAUACAUAAGCUUAUUUGAAGUAAGUAAGAUACGGAAAGAGAUGGAACGUUGUCUUUAGAAACAACUACGAUACAAUAAAUUAAACAAUUACUUAUUAUAGAAAUAUUUUCAGUUUUGUUAGCAUUUAAUAACUUUAGUGCAAAAUUUAGAGUCCAUAUAGUAUAGCUAGACUGGUAUAUGGUUCUCUCUCAUAUGUGCUAGACAAUUAAAUGUAUAACUUACCUUAUUUAACUUAUUAUAUUUGCAUACAAUUUGUCUCAAGAAAAGCAUGAAAUGUUCAUAUUCAAAUUUGAAAAUAAAUAAUUUGGUUUUAGAAUUAUUAAGUGUUUAGGUAAGUGAAAUAUAUUUAAUAUUGUAUAUAAGAAAUAUUUUUGUAACCAAAUAAAGGCGAUUUUUAUGUA